AUGGAUGCUGGUUUAGGUGCUAUUAAGAAAAAUAGAUUUAAUCAACAUAUGGGUGAGAUUGAUUUAUCUAACGAAGUUCCCAUUAGCGGUCCAUCUACUCAAAAAACAUCUUUCUCCCCACAACAACAACAACAACAACAACAACAACAACAAUACUCCAAUAAUAACAUGGGUUAUGGAAUGGUCCCACCGGGACAACGGCAAUACACUAAUAAUACAGGAUACCCAAUGAUGUCACAACCACAACAACAACAAAUAAAUCCACGUAUUAAUUACAACGGUUAUUCAAAUGGCAAUCCAAGAAUGGCAAUGCCCGUACAGCCAGAGAUAAGAAGCAAUACAAUGCCUACAAGGUUUGAAUCUUCUCCAAUGUCAAUGUCUAGAAAUAACAAUCCUUCACACAAUAAUAACAACAACAGUAACAACCAUAGCUUCAAUUUUUCAAAGGGCAAGCAUACUCUAACUAACAUUUUUAAAAAAAAAAACAAUAGUCCAAUGGGUGCAGGCGGAUUUGACAUCGCGGAUGAUGACGAUGAUGAUGACUUUGGCACUGGUUCCAGUAAAAAUAACAAUAAUAGCGUCAACAAUAACAGUUUUAAUGGUGGUGUUGGUGAUAUGAAUAACAAUGAUGAGGAAGUUACCGUUGACUCUAAUGAAAUUUUAACAUUCAGCGAUAUCACUGGCUUAAGAAAUACCGGUGGACCAAAUUAUGGGGGUUCACAACGUGAUGACACUGCCCCAAUUAUUCCUACUUUGGUUACUAAAAUUAAUCAAAAACCUUCUAAGUUGAGUAAUACAGAAUAUAGGAAAAUGAUGUUUAACCAAAAAAAAAUGGCAAUGUCUACUCUUUCCAAGCAACACUCAAACCAAACAGCACCACCUCCACCAAGAACAAUGUCCUUACAGGGCAAUUGGAAUGCUAUGCCACAACAACAACCAGGUGGAAGACCUAUGCCAAAUACUAGAUUUGCAGGGCCACCAAAUGGCCAACCCGCUUAUCCUAGAUCAAAUUCGAUGAUGAAUUCCGGUAUGCCUCCUCCAAGAUUUAGGCAACAACCACAAUUAAUGCAGCAGGGUUUCCCGCAGCACCAGCAACCAAUGUACCAGGAGCAAUCUCCAAGAGCAAUGUCGUUAACUAAUACUCCAAGAUUUAUGAAUUCUGGAAUGAACCCACAACCGCAUUUAUCACAACAACAGCAACAACAACCACAAGAUCCAUAUUUUAAUAAUAACGUUGAUAGAAGUAAUAAUCUUCCUCAAGAUAACUUUUCUUUGCCUAAUAAUGGAAGAGCUAUGUCUAUGCAAAACAAAUCUGUUAAUCCCAUGUUUAAUGGUCAAGGAAUGACUACGUAUAAUAAUAAUAAUAAUAAUAAUAGUAAUAAUAAUAAUAAUACUCAUAAUCAGAAUGCUAAUAUUACUAAUGUACAUAGGAAUGGCGACAAUAACAUGAAUAACAAAACAUUGAAUUUGCGUGGCAGAACUAAUAUUCCAUCUUCAUUUUCAUCUUCAGAUUUAUUGAACAAUGCAAAGUCACAGCACCUACAGUACAGGAAACCAUUUGUUCAAUCUCAAUCCUUAAACAAUAUUAAGGAGAACGCCAGCAACAACAACAACAACAUUAGAGACAACAAAAAUGUAAAUAACUAUAAAAACCUUCCCUCAACUAGAUCAAACUUAUCGCAUGAAUUUAACAUUAAUGACAUUGACAAUAAUAAACAACAAGAUAAUACUACUGGCAAUGAGAAUGGUGCGAUUCCUAACGCCAAUGUUACCAACACUAGAUCAGCAUCUGACGUUAGCAUUGAAAUUAUAGAUAAUCCUUCAAUUAAACAACCGGAUAUAACAAAUAUAAAGAAGAAUAAUAAAAAUGGAAGUGUAGAUAGUUUUGAUUUCACAGAUAAAACGCCUGAAGAUCAACAAAUUAUCGACACUACCCUACCAAAAAAUAAUACUGCACAACCUUUUAAGCCAGCUGCUGCUAUUGUAAAUAAUAGUGGUAACACACAUAGCAUUGACGAGUAUAAUAAUUCUGAAAAUAGUUAUCAUAUUUCCUUAAGACCUAACACCCACAGGAAAACUUUAUCUGCAGAUUUAAGACCUGGAAGCGCUUUAUUUAGUGGCUUAUCCCCUAACUCGAGUAACUCUUUUGCCAACACGAACGGUAUGCUAAACGGACAACAUUCAAAGACUAAUUCUACGGUUUCUUCCAUUGGUGAACCAACCCCAAAUUACCAACAAAAAAAAAUGUAUGCGCUUGCUAACAAUACUACUGAUAUGAAUCUUUAUGUCACUGCAGAUGAGUUUCCUACCGAUAGCAAGGGUUUCACAAGCUCCUCUUCAGUAUCCCCUCCACAGCGUGACAAUAGAUUAGACUCUUUAACUGCGCAAUUUCAAAAUAAGAAUAACAUGGGAAAUGUCGAUGCUAAUCAGACGUAUAGUACUUUAUUAGGCACAGUGCAGGACACAAGCGAUGCUACUAUUGAAAAUGAUCUUGAAGAUAAUUCUACAACUAAUAGUAAAAAUGCUAGUCGUAGUUCAGAUAUUUUUGAUCCAAAUUUUUCUAAUGAACAGUUCGUUAAAGUCGAAGCUAAUUCCAAUAUUGAUAAACGUAAGAGUUUAAUUGAGGUUAAAGAUAAUAAAACAUACAGCACUAAAACGGAUAUUGUUAGUUCUAAUACUACCCCUGUUUUAAUGGCAAAUAACGUAUUUGAUUCAGACCAGACUCCCCAAGUUGACAAGACGCACCGCCCAAAAUCGAAUGACGUUGUUUUAUUAGAUCAAUUGCCCAGUGAUCCAGGUAAAAAUGAUGAAGUUGAAGGGUUACGUGUUGAAGAAAUUACGAUCAGUCAAACGAUAGAACAAAAUAGACGCUCUUCUUUUACAAAUGUCAAUAAUAAUAGCCAUUCAAAAUUGAACGCUACUUCUGGUAGUACUAGAAUUAUUAGUAUUAACAGCCAAACAUCAUCAUCUAAAUCUUCUAACUAUUCUACGGCUGAAAAUCAAGAAGAAAAACAACAACAACAACAACAACAACAACAAGAGAGUAGUCUCAAUGCUCUUAAAGCUGAUACUUGCACCAAAAAAACCACUGUGGAACCAGGAGACGUUUCCAAUGGUUCAGUGAAGUCAGCUAGCUCUAACAUGAAAUCCAUCAAAAGUAAGUUGAAUGAAAAACCCUUGAAUAAGGCAAAGAAAUUUUUUCGUAAGUUUUCUGCUCAGAAAAAAGAUACCUCUGAAAAUCAAAAAUCAUCUGAUAAUGAUGCUUCUACAAUUACAACCGCAACAAAUACUUUAACCGAUACUGCUGAUAUGAGUUUUGUACAAGACGAUCCACUUUUUGCCAAUAAGGAGAUCUUGAAACCAGAACCAUUACCACCAAUUCCUCAACAAGAGCCUUUGCCUUUGAUGUUUUCUCAAGAAGAUGACUUUGUUGAAAAUAACUCACCUACCAAUAAACCUAUACCUCCACAAUUUUCAUCACAAAUUUCAAAAGACAUUUCCAACUCUGGUGAAAAUAAUGGCAAUGUUGAAAUUAAGAUCGAGAUGCCUUCUACUUCUGGAUUAGAACGCUCUCACAAACCUUUGCCACUCGUUACAAACAAAGAUUCUCAUGAUAACAAGGAAAAUAUUACCAACUCUUUUAGCAGCAAUACAGAUCAAUCUGAGUUUAAAUCUAAAGAGAUAAUAACUAAAGUUUGGGAUGAAUCUGAUAAGGAUGCUAAUCCAAGAAAAUCCUAUCAUUCGUUAUUUUCUGGUCCUUCACCUGGUCCAAAUAAAAUCAAAUUUUUCAAUCAAUCUGGAACGCCAUCUCCACUUCAAAGUUCAUUUAACAAUGAUCCAGAACGUACAGUUUUGUAUGAUGUGUCAGAUAUAUCUGAUGCAGCCAGCAGCACCAACAACAACAAAGAUUCCGACUCAGGAAAUACAAACAAUGUUAAUAUUGCCCAAACGUCCAAUGUUACCAAGACACAUCCACAACAACGGGCACCAACAACCCCACAGUCUCUCGAUGAGGGCAAGAAUGCUAAUUCUCAAGCAUUAGAGACAAUAAAUGAAUCAGAUGCACCCAAUACUAUCGUUACUUCUGGGACUAAAGACAAUGUGGAUAAUGAUACUGUUAGUAAGGUUAUCACUAAUAAUUCUGUCUACUUGGCAAGCCCUUCGACAGUUAACACUGAAGAUUUUGCUUUGAUGAAUAAUCCUAGGCAAGUUUUAUAUCAGCCUUCAUUUGUUUCUAAUCCAGAUAAAGAAUUAUAUGUCACCAAAAAGGUGUAUAGUGCCGGUAAUGAAUCAGAUCAACAGCACACUCAACACUCAGAAGAUGCCAGAUUCAAAACUUUCGUUAUUAGUCCCGAACAAUUGAGUGUAUUGGGGGAAAAUAGGAAAUUAAUGAACGAACUAACUAUGGUAAGCACUGAAUUAGCAGAAUCUAUUGCUAGAGAAACAGCAUUGGAAAAAAUACUAAAUGAAAAAGAAUACCAGAAUAAUGACACUCAUGGCGAAGUGUUUAGCAAUAGGGAUACGAAUAGUAUCGAGGACGAUAACCGUGGCUUAAACGAUAUGAUUAAUAUUCAAAGUGAAUUAAGAAAAAAAUCAUCUAAAAUUGUCACUUUGAUUCAAGAAUUAAAUGCUGAAAGAUUGAAGAGAUUUAUAGCUGAGGAACAAGUUUUAUUAUAUGAAAAGGGUUGUAAACCAAGUAAUUUAGAAUUAAGCUAUGAUAUAAAUAGUUUGCAAAAACAAUUACAGGAAAAGAAUCAUGAAAUUGAGUGUUUAAGGGCACAGAUUGGUCACAGUUAG